AUGUACACAGUGAUACAUUGUGCAAUUGCAAUUGCAUUUGCUGCCUUCAUUUCAGGAUGUCUCGGAGCACCAUUCAAAUCAGUCAAUACUUGUGGCUAUGAUGUAUGUAAUUUAGGUCAAUCUGAUAAAUUGAAUGUUCAUAUCGUUCCACACACUCAUGAUGAUGUCGGUUGGUUGAAAACCGUAGAUCAAUACUAUUAUGGCACUCGUAAUGAUAUUCAACAUGCUGCCGUUCAAUAUAUUCUUGAUUCAGUCAUUCAAGCAUUACUUGAGAAUCCUGAUCGUCGUUUUAUUUAUGUUGAAAUAGCCUUUUUCUGGCGUUGGUGGAUGCAACAAACUGAAGAUAUGCAAAAUACAGUAAGAAAACUUGUUAAUGAAGGUCAUCUUGAAUUCAUUUCUGGUGGAUGGUCAAUGAAUGACGAAGGUGUAACGCAUUAUAGUUCAAUUAUUGAUCAACAUAGUUUAGGUGCUGAAUUUUUACGUGAUCAAUUUGGAGAAUGUGGCCGACCAAAACUUGGCUGGCAAAUUGAUCCAUUUGGUCAUUCAAGAGAAGUGGCAUCACUCUUUGCACACAUGGGUUUUGAUGGAUUAUUUUUUGGUCGAGUCGAUUUUCAAGAUUAUGCUGAACGAAAUAGAACAAAAAGAAUGGAAAUGAUUUGGAAAGGAAGUGCUAAUUUAGGUGCACAAAGUUGGCUUUUUACUGGUAUAUUACCAAGAGUUUAUACUGCCCCACAAUCAUUUUGUUUCGAUUAUCGUUGUAGUGAUGAACCUAUUAAAGAUGAUCCACACUUGUAUGAUUAUAAUGUACCUGAAAGAGUCCAAGCAUUUAUCGAUGCAGCACAUAUUCAAGCUCGUAGUUAUACAACAAAUCAUAUAAUGAUGACAAUGGGUAGUGACUUUCAUUAUGAGAAUGCGAAUGAAUGGUUUAAAAAUUUAGAAAAAUUAAUUAAAUAUGUCAAUGCUCAGCAAGCGAAUGGUAGCGAUGUUAAUCUAUUCUAUUCUACUCCGACCUGUUAUUUAUAUGCAUUAAAUAAAGACAAUCAAACAUGGACAACGAAGACAGAUGAUUUCUUUCCAAUUUCCUUUAGUCAACAUGGUCUUUGGACUGGAUAUUUUACUUCAAGACCGGCAUUGAAAAGAUAUGAACGUUAUUCAAAUAAUAUUCUUCAAGUAACAAGACAACUUAAUGCAUUUUCCAAUAGUACAUUACGCCAAGCAAUUUUUCCUCUAAAUGAAGCAAUGGGUAUUGUUCAACAUCAUGAUGCAGUUUCUGGAACAGAAAAACAACAUGUUGCUAAUGACUAUGCUCAACGUUUAUCAGAAGGCAUUGAUUCAGUUAUUUAUGUUAUUAAUGAAGCUUAUAAAAAAUUAUUAUCGAAAGAAAAUCAAUCAUUACCAGUACCAACUCAAUUUCUCUGUCAUUUUUCAAAUAUUAGUGAAUGUUUACCCAUUGAAGGACAAGAUAGUUUUACAUUAACAAUCUGGAAUCCAACUAUUCAACCCAUUGAGGAUAUGAUCCGUGUACCAGUAACAAAGAAUUAUACGAUACGAAAUCCAACUGGUGGAUUUAUUGUAGCUGAACUUAUUCCAAUAUCUACACCAAUGAAAAAUAUUCCUGGUCGAACAAGUUCUGCUCAAUAUGAAUUAUUAUUUCGAGCACCUAUACCUGCUCUUGGUUUUAAUACUUAUUAUUUUCAAGUUAAAACUGACAUUACGAUAGAGAAAAAAUCUACAAUAAAAGUAACACAUAAUGAAGCAUGUAUACUUCAAAAUCAACAUCUUCGAAUUGAAUUUGAUGAUCAAGGCAAUUUAAAUAAUAUUACUAAUCAAAAUAGAAAUUUUACUGUGUUAUUUUCUGCUCAAGGUUUAUAUUGGUAUACAAGUUUUCCGGGUAAUAAUUCUAGUCCAGAAUUUCAAGCAUCAGGUGCUUAUUUCUUCCGACCAUUAACAUCUAAUACAUUGCCUGUAAGCAAUUCACGUAAUAUAACAUGUACUUAUACAAAUCAAGUGCAAAAAGCAUUGAUUAUAUAUAAUAAUUGGGCUAGUCAAGAAAUAAAACUCUAUGAUGGUGCAAGAAUAGCUGAAAUUGAAUGGAUUGUUGGACCGAUACCAAUUGAAGAUAAUAUUGGUAAAGAAAUAAUUAUGCGUUAUGAUACAGAUAUUCAAAGUAAUGGACUUUUUUAUACGGAUGCUAAUGGACGUGAAGUAUUAGAACGAAAAAGAGAUUAUCGAUCAACAUGGAAUUAUACAGUAUAUGAAAAUGUUAGUGGAAAUUAUUAUCCUAUUGCUAGUCGUAUUUGGAUUAAAGAUAAUAAACGACAAAUAACUAUACUUACAGAUCGAUCGGAAGGUGGUUCAAGUAUGCAUGAUGGUUCUGUUGAACUUAUGAUUCAUCGUCGUACACUCUAUGAUGAUUCACAAGGUGUUGGUGAACCAAUGAAUGAAACAGCUUAUGAUAAAGGUCUUGUAAUAUGUGGUAAACAUUUUCUCAUUGUUGAACCACCGGAAUAUAGUGCUCUUUAUCAUCGUCCUAUUGCUCAACAUCUUUAUAUGAAUUCGAUUAGUACUUAUGCAUUAUCAAAUUUAUCUUAUGAUAAUUAUUCAAAUAGUUUUCGUCAAACAUGGUCAGCUUUGACUGAAUCAAUACCAUAUAAUGUUCAUUUAUUGACUUUUGAUCAAUUGACAUCAAAAGUAUUUCUUAUACGAAUUGAACACUAUUUUGAAUUGAAUGAAGAUGACACUUAUUCCAAAUCAGUUGAAGUCGAUUUACAGAGUUUGUUUCGUAAUUUAGGUAAAAUAAUUUAUUUACUUGAAUUAACACUUGGAGGUAAUUUACCAUUGAAUGAUAUGAAACGACUUGUUUGGCAAACAAUCGAUAAUGAAUCAUCUUAUUCAAAAUCAACAGAUUCGAAUUCAUUAAAGAGUACAGUAGUAACACUUAAUCCUAUGCAAAUUCGAACUUUUCAAGUUACAUUACAAUAA